CCUUGCUCCUGGCUGCGUAAUCAUCUGGGAUGAUCUAACCCCACACGCUACCCGGUUUACACGAAUACAAGCCACCCUAAAGAGCCACCCCCCGACUCCUCGCUUGACCUCAACCCGCGCCGGGCUCCUCUCGCAGUGAACGACGCUCUUGGCUCUCCGCCAUCGAGUCUCCUCCUCCUCCGUAAGCAGCAGCCGCGGCAAACAGAAUAAGAAGCCCGGGCGGCCCUUCUAGGAAGAGGAGCGGGGGAGAGCGAAAAGAAGGUGCCACGGGGCUCCCCUCGGAACUAGCAGCCCCGCCUGGCCGGUGUGAACAGGCUUGCUCAGGAAAAAUAAAAGCUCCAAAGGAAAAUGGUCCAGGAAGAAGAGGCAGCCUCUAGGAUCGUCCAAGUCCAGGAUCGAGGAUGGGCAUGGGUGGUCUUAAUAGCCACAGUGCUGGUUCAAGGCCUAACGCUGGGUUUUCCUUCCUGCAUUGGGGUCUUCUUCAAGGAUCUGCAGUAUGAUUUCCAGGCUAGCAACAGUGAGACAUCAUGGUUUCCCUCCAUCAUGACAGCUGUGCUACAUGCAGGGGGGCCUCUUUGCAGCAUUUUGGUGGAACGAUUCGGCUGCAGGACCACGGUGAUGUUAGGAGGCCUUCUCAGUGGGGUGGGCAUGGUUGCCAGUGCUUUCUCCAAGUCUAUUAGCCAUCUUUACAUAACAGCUGGGUUCAUCACUGGCAUGGGAUCAUGUUUUGGCUUCCAGGCUGGAGUCACCGUGCUUGGUUACUAUUUUAUACGUCGGCGAGCAUUGGCUAAUGCUCUGGCCUCCACAGGUGUCUCUAUCGGCCUCACACUGUGGCCACUGAUCUCUCAGUACUUGCUUGAUGAGAUGGGCUGGAGAAACACAUUCCUCAUCUUUGGGGGAGUGUUGUUGAACUGCUGUGUAUGUGGGGCUGUGAUGAGACCAGUCCCAGUCCAGCCACCUGCCCUAUCAAUGAAGUCCUGUCCUGAACAGUCAACGGAAGGGGCACAUUUGUCCAAUGGAAACACAUUGCAUCAUAAGGAGCAUCUGCCUCCAUCCCUGUGUGCUGCUUGCUUUCAGACCCUACAGAAGUACCUGGCUUUUGACAUCUUCUGCAAGAAUAAAGGCUACCAGAUCUACACCAUUGGAGUGACUUGGAUGGUGAUGGGUUUUGUGCUUCCUCUCAUCUACCUGGUGCCCUAUGCCAUUUUCAGUGGAGUGGAAGAGCGUAAGGCAGCCCUCCUCAUCUCCAUCAUUGGGUUCAUCAACAUAUUCAUGCGCCCAAUGGCAGGCCUGCUCUCGGGUCUCAGCAUCUUCACUGGCCGGCGGAUCUACCUCUUUAGUGUGGCUGUCCUUCUCAAUGGCCUGAGCAACCUCAUCUGUGCAAUCUCGGCUGAAUACAGUAUUCUUGUCCUCUACUGUUUAGUCUAUAGCGUCUCCAUGAGUGUCAUUGGUGCACUUCUGUUCCAGGUAUUAAUGGAUGUGGUAGAAAUGGACAGAUUCUCCAGUGCCUUGGGUCUCUUUACCAUCUUGGAGAGUGUGACCAUCCUCGUUGGACCCCCUCUUGCAGGUCUUCUUGUGGAUGUUACAGGCCACUUUAGUUAUGUCUUCUAUGCUUCUGCCUUCUUCAUGGUAUCAGCUGCUCUCUUCAUGGGUCUUAGCUUCUGCACCAUGGAAGCCAAGAACAAACUGACAGAGACUCAUAAGCUGCCACUCCCUGAGAACCCCUCCAGGGGAAAAUACACAGAAGUGCCAACUGAAUUGGGGCCAGACAAAAAUGGCCCUCCUGCAGUCAUCUAUAUCACAAGCAUAUGAGUCCAGAGGAGCUGGAGGGACGUUGCAUUUCUCACAAGUGAAAAAGAUCUGGAAACAGAUGGGAAAAACAAGUGCCUCUUUUCCCUGGUGCUCACCUCCUCCCUGCUGUGACCUUCUGUCCAGCUCUGCUGGUCUCAGAUUCCUAGAUGAGAGAUCCAGGUCAAAGGGUAUGAGCCCAAAGCCAUCCAGAAAUCUGAAGAGCACUUUAAACAAAAUGUGCAUGAUGCAAGCCAUGGGGCAAAGAGGGACCUUGUUCUGUGGCAACAUCUGUAUUACUUGAAGCAUAACCAUUUUUAUUAUCAGGUUUGCAUGAUAUAUUCCAAGACUGGAAGGACUUCUUCACUCACUGGGUUAUUCAUUACAAUAGACCCUGUACAGAAAGGCAAGAGACAAUUGUACAGGACUUUAAAAUGUUUCUGGACAGGCACAUUUGCCAUACUUAAGUUCAUAGUGAAGUCAAGUGGCUGACUUCUCUCCAAGCACAAGGAAAGAGUGCUUUGUUAUGGAGUUUUACUGCUGGGCUCCUUGAAUGUUACAUGAAGUCUUUCUUUUCUGCAGCAUAAUCUCAAAUCAGUUGCUGUUUGACUAUAUUACUUGUCUCAUGUAUAGUAGCCAGGUCUGGGAUGGGGGGGGGUUGUACAUAUUCCUAACCAAAGUGAGUCAUUUCUGUGCUUCAGUGGUAUUUUGGGGGGACAGGAGGAAUAACAAAGACUCCCAUAUGAAGCUACAAAUCACAAUAAAAUGGAACAGCUCCAAAGUGCCUAUAUAUACUUGCCAGUAGUGUCUUGAAAUCCCUUUUAUUCCCAUUUGAAAUAUAUGCUGCAGUAAAGAACAGCUGAUGCUGAUCAAAAGAGACGGCCAUUUUGUGUUUUCCAAUAACCAUUCUUCAGGUAUAGACCAGAACAAAUGUGCAAAUGCCAACACAAGAUCCGUGCUGAGUCUAAUCACCAGUGGUGAUUCCUUGCUAUUGUAGGUUUCCCAAGUCUAUAGAGCCAACUCAGAAGGGGUGUAUAAGCUAUAUGAGAGUAGUAUGUUAUAUUGGGUAAACUGAUACCUAUGUAGACAUUCAUUGGUAUAAAGAAAUGUGCAGAAUGAGAAGUGGUACCCUUACCUGCAUACGUGCUCUGGACUGGAGGUCUCUCUUUUUUUAAAUGAUCUGCAGAAAUAUGUAGUUAGGAAUAUGUAGUUAUUCCAGACUCCAGUCUGGAAUCUUCUUUCUAAAGUGAUACCUUCAUGUUGCUUUAUGGUAAGACCAGCCCUGGAAAUGACCCACAAUGCUUAUUGAGUUUGCUGGGAAAAUUGCAGCUAGCUUUGCCAAAUCUUGUGAAUUUGAUCUACUGGGCCUAGGCUUGUUAAAAUAGCAGUGUUUGACCGGGAACUCAACUGUGUUUUAAUUCUGAUUUGCUUGCUUGCUUUUCACAUUCUGUUCUUCUGAUUCUGGUAUUUUUCUGUAAACACUGACCAGCUUUCUGAAGGAUACAAGUUGGAGAUGGUUUCGAAUGGCAGAAUAUUGUUGGCUAUGAACUCUAGCACAUCCUUUCCCAACUUUUGGGCCCCCAGACGUUGCUGGACUACAAUUUCCAUCAUUCCUGAUCAUCGACCAUGCUGGCUGGGGCUGAUGGGAGUUGUAGUCCAACAACAUCUGGGGACCCAAUUAUUGGGAAAGGCUGCACAUUUUUAGAAACAGAAAGCUUUGAGAGGUCAUUGGGAGUAGGAGCAAAUAAGAAGGUUGCCACAAUCGUAGAGUUGUAGGGCUCUGACCUGACAAUUCUAUAUUAAUCCCUCAAAACUCCCUCAUGGAUGGACUAUAUGUAUGCACAGGAGCAAAAACUAGUAGAAUGGAUGGAUGAGUAGAUGAGCUAUUCCCACUAUUCUCCUUAGGGAGGGGCUUCUCUUCAGACAGGGUAUUAAUCCAUUUCACUCCAGGAGUGGGGAACCUGUGGAUCUCCAGAUAUAUUUUUUAGAUUACAACUCCGAUCAUCCAGUCCAUUAACCAUGCUGGCUAGGCCUGAUAGGAGUUGCAGUUAGGGUUGCCAGGUCAUAAGCAUCCAAAAGCCUGAGAUUUCAGGGGUGGGUCCCAGUGAUGUCAUAAGGGCAGAUCAUAGUGAUGUCAUGGGGAGGGGCCCAAGUGAUGUCACGGGGCGGGCCCAAAUGAUGCCAUUAAGCAUGAUACAUUAAGCAUCAACCACAGUUGCUUGGAGCAUACAAUUCAACCAAAAACAUUUCUCUGAUUGGAAAUUAAAUAGAAAUCUUAGCUGAAAGACAGAGCCUUGGUAGGGAACAUUUAAACUAGCCUACUUGAUUCUGGCAAGAAGGAGUUAAAUGCCCUCAGGCCAGGCCAGUCACCAGAAGGCCAUCGUAGGAAGGAAGGAGCCUAGUGUUGUGGAGAUGUUAGAUAGGAGCACUCAGGAGUAAAGAUGGAUGCCCCGAAGGCUGCAAUUCUAAACACACUUAUUAAACCCCAUAGAACUCAACAGGACUUACUUCUGGGUAGAUAUGGUUUGGAUUGUGCUGUUGGUAAAGUUUGACUAGGGAUCCAUAUCCAAGUAGGGUUGGCAACUCCCUGCCUGCAAUGCCCUGCCCGUACCUUUCAACAUGGCUGCUCCAAACGUCUUUACAGAUUUGACCUUUUACUUCCGAAAGAGGUCUGCGAAAUGAGUAAGAGUAAGAAGAUACUCUGCCCUUUUCUGUCUACCUUGUGGGCUGCUAUGAACUCACUUUGACAGCCAACCCAAGUCGAGUGAGUAAUAAUUGACAGAGAGAAAACACACAUGCUUUGAUCUACCUUCAUAGGCAGCAGCUUGGGAACAACAACAGUUGCAGCCACACUUCCCAGUAUGUGAAUUCUCUUUUGCCACUAUUGGGCAAGAAACAAACCAUCAGGCAACCAACAAGGUGCAUCAUCAGUGAGUUUAAGGGGGUUGAACUGAGUGCAUGAAACCACUGUUGUUGCUUCUAUGGAUGUAAGGGAGUGAAGUUAAAGGUAAAUGAAAUGCAAACAGAAAAAUAAAAAUAAAAGACAGUGGAUUUCCUAAAUGCAAUACCAUACCAACCACAACAAAAUUCCUAUGAGUAAGACAGAAAACUCAGCUUCCCACAACCAGUCAGGAUUCCUAACCAAAAACUUAAAACUAAAAAAAUCCUGGCAGCCAAUCAGCCAAGGUCACAGAAAUCCCCAUGCAGCACAACCUGAUCCAGGGGCUGAAGUUAGUGCAGAAUGCUGUGGCACGAUUGCUGUCAUGAGUGAGAACCUAUCAGCACAUAAUACCUCUGCUCCAAAAUCUGCAAUGGUUGCUGAUUUGCUACCAGGCCAAGUUCAAGGUGUGCUUUCCAUGCUACGGGUGCCACAUAGUACUUGUUCUGCUCUUGUAAGAAAUCAGUCCUUUAGUGUGACAGCAACUACACUUUGGAACUCCCUGCCUAUUGACAUUAGGCAGACGCCUUCAUUGUACUCUUUUUGGCACCUGCUAAAAACAUCCUUGUUUAGGCAAGCCUAUCCCGGCAUGUAGAAGCUAUAUUUUGAAUGAUUUUAAAUACCUGUCUUUGCCAAUAAUUUUAUUGUUUUAAUUCCUUGUGUAAACCACUUUUAGGUUUUUUACAAUAAAGUGGUAUAUAAAUGUUAUAAAUAAAAUACAUAAAUAAAUUUUGGGAUCACUGUGUCCCUUGGGUCUCUUUCCACUUUUAGGAACAAAUGAAUCUACCUUAUUCCGACUCAGGCCAUUUGAUACCAUCUAGCUCAGUACUGAUGACAUGGACUAGCACUGGCUCUCCAGGAUUCCAGGCAAUAGUCUUUUCCAGAAAUUGAAUUUUGGACCUUUGCAUGCAAGGCAUAUACCCUACCACUGAGCUACAGCCGUGUUUAAAAGUAUCUUUAAAAAAAAAAAAUUAUUCACAAAUGAAUGCAUAUCAUACCUAGGGCAGAUCCACACUAUUCAUUUAAAGCACAUUCAACACACAUUUGAAGCACAUGAAUCCCACCAAAGAAUCAUGGGGACUGUAGUUUGUUAAGGCUGGUGUUACCUAUAACUGUGAGAGGGAAACUACACUUCCCAUGAUUCUUUAGGGGAAGUCAUGUGCUUUAAAUGAAGAAAUAUAUAUAUAAGCAUGACUGUCAAAGAUGUUUAUUAUUUACACAACCUGUAAAAAUAUUUGUAGUGCAAUCCUAUGUUUGUUUACUCAGAAGCAAGUCUCAAUGUAUUCAAUGGGGCUUACUCAAACAGGGAAGCACACACAGAACUGCAGCUUCAAGUGAUAAGGAACACUCACCCAACCAACAAUUCAGAAUCAUGCCAGUUUAAGCUGUUUUGCGUCUAUACUUGUUUUUAUGGUUAUUGGAUUUUAAAGGGAUUUAUUUCUUGUUGUGAGCUGCCUUGGUUUCCAAUCAACAAUCCUACCUCAUAGGGUUGUUGGGAAGACUCCAUACACACACACACUGGAGAUUUAAAAAUACAUAGACCCCAUAUAAUAGUUUAUUGUCCAAAUGAGUUGG